AGUGAAGUCAGCUGCAAAGUAGUGAGUUUUACGAAUACCGAUUGAGUCGCUUAACCUAACCUGUUUUCCCUGAGCGUUCAUACAUUUGCGACGCGUCAUUGUCGAAUGCGAUUUGUUGGUGUAAUUUCUGUCUGCGUGAAUUUUGAAGUGACAAAAUGAGUUUCGGCUUGCCAUCGCUCAUCCCUAAACCCACGCACUCUGAACAGUUCGAAGUUAAAGGUGGAAGUAAUAAUUAUGGUGUAUCCAAUCCUAUGGUGUCAGGCCUUUCUAGACAAAGCAUUGGCCGUGCACAUCCGCUAGAAGCUUCGGAGAGAAAUUAUCAAAAGAAUCAAGAUCGCAUGAAUAUGAUACUGCUCAGGAAUACACAGGGGUUACAUGCACCACUGCGCAUGGCGAUGGAAUUAAAAGCCUCUGAAAAGAUCGGCAGACUCCCGUUUCUGCCAUCGUCUAAUGUGAUGCGAGAUGUUCUGCUUGCACGGGACCUAGACAUAGGAUUCGAAGACGUUUUCAACACUGCCGAAUUCAGGGAACAGAUGGGACAGCCACAUGCCAUUGUAGAGGAUCGUCUUGGCAUACUGUAAAAAAUUUAAGUUCACUGAAAUUCGGUCUCUUAAUAAUGUGAAAAAUGCAAAUUAAUAUAGAAUAAUAAUAAUUAUUAUUGUGAGCAUUGUAAUUUUUUUCUAAGUUAAAUAUACCGUUUUCUUCAAGAA